AUGAUGGAGCAACUAAUCCUGGAAACCAUUUCCAGACACAUGAAGGACAAGAAGGUGGUAGGGAGUAGCCAGCAUGCAUUCACCAAGGGGAAAUCAUGCUCGACCAACCUGAUAAACUUCUAUGAUGAAAUGGCUAGCUUGGUAGACAAGGGCGAAACAGUGGCUAUUGUCUACCUGGCCUUCAGUAAGGCUUUCAACACUGUCUCCCAUAAGAUCCUCACAGAGAAGCUGUUGAAGUGUGAGCCGGAUGAGCAGACAGUGAGGUGGACUGAAAACUGGCUGAACGGCUGGACCCAGAGGGUGGUGAUCCGUGGCACAAAGUCUAGUUGGAGGGCAGUAACUAGUGCUCUACCUCAGAGGCCAGUCCUGUCCAACAUCUUCAUUAAUGGGAUGAUAGGGCAGAGCGUACCCUCAGCAACCACCAAAGUUCUUGGCACAGUCAAGUGGUUCAAUGUCAGAAAUGGAUAUGGCUUUAUCAACAGAAAUGAUACCAAAGAAGACGUGUUUGUUCAUCAGACGGCGAUAAAGAAAAACAACCCACGGAAAUAUCUGCGCAGUGUUGGUGAUGGAGAGACUGUAGAAUUUGAUGUGGUCGAGGGAGAGAAGGGUGCAGAAGCAGCUAAUGUCACUGGUCCAGAUGGAGUCCCUGUAGAAGGCAGCCGCUAUGCUGCAGACCGGCGCCGCUAUCGACGUGGCUAUUUUGGCCGACGCCGUGGACCACCUCGAAGUGGUGGUGAGGGAGAAAUCAAGGAUGGGGUCACAGAAGGAGGACAACUUCAUCAACAAGUUCAUAGGAAUCCUACCUAUCGUCCCCGUUAUCGCAGAGGGCCCCCGCGUCCACGCCCUGCCCCAGUGGCUGGAGAGGCUGAAAACAAAGAGAACCAUCAUGAGGCCAACGCUAUGAGUCAGCAGCCACUUCGCCGUGGGUAUAGGCGCCCAUACAACUACCGGCGUCGACCUCGUCCGCCCAAUGCUCCAGCUCAGGAUGGGAAAGAGACAAAGGUGACUGAAACGCCUGCUGAAAAUCCUGCUCCAGUGACCGAGCAGAGUGGUGCUGAGUAAUGUCCGGCUCCCCAGGCACCUUUACCAUCCCUCAGGUGUCCUAAAAUACAACUCAAAAGUAACACCAAAGAAACACUCAAGCAAUAAAUUAUCAACAGUGAUGAUGAAAGCAAAGAUUUGAAACAUCGGAACUUAAAAGAAAAACAAAAAAAAAAACCUUACCAGCAGCUGAGAUCCAGGGAACGCCUGCAAGAUAGAUGCAUGAAGAGAGAAAAAGAGAGCGAGAUUCAGAAAGAGUAACCUCCCCAGUUUCAACAGCAACUGUGGGGAAUAUUUUUUUUAUAGAUUUUCACUAUUUCGCUAGUAUUGAAUUUUUCAAUUUUUCUUUUGGUAUCAAACUGAAAAGGGAAAAAACCCCAACCGAAGAACUGAAACUGAAAUCAAAUGCUUUUUUUAUUGGAUGCUGGUGCUAAACCUCCCAGGUGUGAUGAGUUUUUUUUUUUUCUGUGCCAGUCCUGUUCACUGCAGGACGCGGGGAGGAGAAACUUCCGCUUUCCUUGGUAAGAUCUAUUUGAAACUGUGCAGCAUGGGUGACGUUCCUCACAAAUAAAAGUGAUUUCAACUACCAAAAA